CUUCUUCCUACUCCAAUGUGCAUUUCAGUAACUAGCGCUUCAAAGCUAUUGGCUAACAAGCGGAGGAUUUCAGUAACUAGCGCUUCAAAGCUAUUGGCUAAUAUUUUGUAUUCAUAUUGUGGAAUGGGUCUAUCAGUCGGAACAAUGAUUGUUGCAUGGGAUGAAACGGGUCCUGGUUUGUAUUAUGUAGACAGCGAAGGAGGGAGACUCAAGGGAACACGAUUCUCUGUUGGAUCUGGUUCUCCAUAUGCUUAUGGUGUACUGGAUAAUGGGUACUACUAUGACAUGUCAAUUGAAGAAGCUGCUGAACUAGCUCACCAUUCUAUUUGUCAUGCAACCUUUCGAGAUGGAGCUAGCGGUGGAGUUGCUAGCGGUCUCUCUCUCUCUCUCUCUCUCUCUCUCUCCAUGCACAUGGUGCACAGGCAUGUGUGCACGCACACAAAGUUCUGGUCAUGUUGUUGCUUCUGCUAG